AUGGCAAAACCCAACCACAUCCGAUCUAUUAGCUUUCCCAGCAGAUCACAUCCAAGCAUCCAGAAAGUGGAAGAAGAGCUGACAAAGCUCAAAACAUUACAAGUAUCAGCCGCUCCAGAAGCUGCUACAAUCAGCAGUGGUCUUCUUGGAUUAGAACAGCUUUACAAGUGCAUGGAUGAUCUUCUUAACUUGCCACAAACCCUUCAAGCUCUCACUCAAUAUCAAAACAAGAAGUGGGUUAAUGGCAUAUUGGAGAAAUCGAUAAAGCUUCUUGAUAUUUGUGGUCUAGCAAGAGACAGCAUCUCUCAGUUGACGGAACAUUUGAGAGAUCUCCAAUCUUCCCUAAGGAGAAGAAAAGGAGACUCAAGUAUUGAAGCCAGAUACACUUCAUUCAUAAAGAAGAUGAACAAGGAUGCCAAAAAGUCAAUUGCAGCUAUAAAGAAAAUCGAUGAUGAGAUUGAUGGAUCCACACCCUUAGAUGUGCAUCGUGACAUCUCAUCAGUGAUCAAAGCACUAAGAGAAGCAAGUGCAGUGAGCACUUCUAUUUUCCAGUCUGUCCUGCUUUUCUUGUCUGUGCCAAUUUUGAAGCCUAAGCCAUCUAGGUGGUCACUGGUCUCAAAGUUGAAGGGCCUAUUUCAGAUAUCAUUCGUCCUUCCUCUGCAAAGUGUUAACCACUCCCUCUGGCCAAUCAGUAUCAUACCUGAGAUAUCAUACCUAUCUCAGAUGAAUGAAGCUCGUGCAAAGAGACAGACAGAAUAA